AUGAAAGCUAAUUAUAUUGAAUCUUCAAAUAUAAAGAUUUUAAAAAUUUUUCUUUUGAUUUCAUGCCUUUACGGGACUACAGAUUAUUGUAUACCAGAAGAAUUUACAAAAUAUUAUAAAAGUCUUUAUGGCUCUAAAUAUAUAUUUCUUACUAAUAUCUGUUUAUAUCUUACUGUGAUAUGUUUAUUAAUGGGUAUAUUGGUUAGACACUUUUCUGUUCGGUACAUUAAAAAUUUUUAUAAAAAUAGUGUGUGUGUCCUACUACCACUAAAUGGACUAGUAACUAUUUUAUUCUGGUCAUUGUACACAAUAGAUCCUACUUUAAUAAGAGAUAAAGACUUUUAUGAUAGAAAUGUCCGUAUAAAUAUAUUUACCGAUAUUUGUGUACACCUCUUUCCUUUUAUAAGCUUGCUGAUAGAAACAAAAGAUAUAAUAAUUCAGAAGCAGAGAUAUCAUUUAAUAUUUUAUGUUUUCUUUACUUUCUUUUAUUAUAUGUUAUGUUUAUAUUACAGUAAUUUAAAUAAUAUGUGGGUGUAUCCUUUACUAGGAAAAUUAAGUACAUUUAACCGUGUAGUUUUAUUCGGAUGUAGCACACUAUUGGCUAUGGGGUUGUAUGAGCUGACAAUGUACUGUCUACUUAAAUAA